AGCCCCGCGCCCGCCCGGCUCCGCUGCGGAAACGGGCGCGGGUUGCUGUGGAAUCGCUCUCGGCUCCAUUUCGGCAUCUUCCCCAGGUGGCCCCGAGUGCAGACGGUGUGUGCGCAGCCAGGGGAGGGUGCGUGUCCCCUCCGUGACAUCCAUGUCCUCUGCCGAGCCCUUUCCCUGCAGAGGGGCUGGCCAGCUGAGGUUUGCACGGUCAGGUUUAGCCACCCUGCGGAGCCCGGCCCCAUUCCGCCGGGAUCCAUCCCCUUUCCAGGCAAAGCAGAGGGAUGGAGACAGUGCAGAAAAAGAGGGUUCACCCCCGGAUGGACACUGCCCCCCACCCUGCAAGGUGCUGGAUCUGGUUCUGCCAAUUCUCUCAUUGCUGACACACCCGGCCCCAAUCCCAUUCCCACAGUUCCAGAGCCUACAGCUGGAGCGGGAAAUGUGUUUGGCUUCAAAUUGCACCCAGGCCAGGGUGAAUCUGUCCCUACGCCCACGGCUGGAGGAUGGGAAGGCUUCCCUGGCCAUCAAGUACCAGGAGCUGCAGGAGAUCCGAGAGGCAUGUUGGGACAAACAGCAGCGCCUGGAGGUUUACCUGGAGAAGUGGAGCCCACAGAGUGCCCUGGGCCAGCUCCAAGCCAAGCUUGAUGCCUCCGAAGCAGAGUCAGAGGCACAGAUAAAGCAGUUCCUGACCCAGGACCUGCCCCUCGAGUCCUUUCUGGAAUCCUUCUGCCAGAGCCGCACACGCUCCCAUGUCUGCCGGACGCAGCUGGAGAAACUGCAGGAGCUGCUGCAGAAGGACCAGGUGCAGAAGGACCAGGUGGGCAGGGACCCUGUGGGCCCUGCAGGGUGCCCAGGUGCCCCAGCUAGCAUGGCACCAGCCCGCCUUGCCCCAUUGCAGAGUGGAGCAGCCCCCAAAGCCUUUGAUCUCUCCUACGGCUUCGUGCCUGCCUUCCUCAUCCCCUCGGAGCCUGUUGCGCCCUUUCCCGUGCCGGCCGCACCUCCCAAGCACCAUCUCCCAGCCCUGGAACAGCAGCCAGCAUCCCCCAGCUCCGAAAUCCCCAGCCUGGGCUCUCCCCUGCGCCUCGUUGGACACAUCCCCCUGCUCAGCCCCCAGCCUGGCCGCGGGCAGCAGCAGCCACAACACCAGAAGCAGGAGCCUCCACACCGGUAGCAGGGCGAGGAUGGGAGAUGUCCCUGCUCCUGUGCCUCCACGGGAGCUGUGCAGGAACACCGUGGGCAGGGAAGAACAGGGGUGGGGGGUGGUGUAGGCACAGCUCCAAAGGGCUGCAGGGUGUGUGGGGCAGGCACAGGGGUGGGUGCUCACUGAGGGAUGGAGGCACUCGGUUGGGGCAGGUGCCAUGGCUGGGUAGGGGUCCUGCAUUUGGGGAGCUGCAGGGGGGAGGUCUCUGCAUCCACAGCAAGGGGAGCAGUGACAGGAAGUGGGGGUGGGUGGCUUGUAGGGAUGUCAGUGGGCUUAGCUGGGAGGGAUAGCAGGGAAAGGGCACAGGAGCGCUGGGUGUGCCACAUGCUUCCUAAAUAAAGCCUCUUUCCAUGCUCUA